AGUCACUAUCUAUGGUUACGAGUACAGAACAUGAACAACUGAUCGUGACAUUUGCUGUAACAUUUGUCAAAUUUUCAAAUAAGAAGAAGAAUUUAGUGUACUGAAGUGUGAAGUACUGAGUGAAGUAAAUAUCAACAUACAAUAUUUUGACUUAUGUUUCGUAAAGUUUAGGUUUUAUCGAAAAGGAAAUGUUUCCUCAUCAGAAAAGUUGUUGAAAUCUUAUGGAAUUGGCAUUGUGUUCAAAGCUGUUCACUUUUCAUAUCUUUCGUUUCAUUUGCUUCAUUCUGCCCAAUUUGGCAUAUGAGUCAUACUUUGGAAUAGCUAUGGGUUUCUAAAUAUUCAUUCCACACUGUGAAAAUGUCUUCAAGAGACAAGGAAUAUGGAAUAUUUAUUAAAAACGAUUUACUCAAGUCUCAAAGAACGGUUCUGCAGGGGCAGAUUGUAAUAAUCGACCAUAAAGGAACAGAUGGAAAUCUUACAAUAAGAUGCUUGAAGGACAAUGAAACAUGGGAAACUACACCUUUUUAUUGCUCACAGCAAAAUAUAGUACGCAUCAGCGCCAAACUUUGGCCCUUCAUAGCAUCGAUCACAUCUCCAAUUGAACGAAUGAAACUUGCAAAAAACAAAGAGUUAUGCGAUUUGUUGAAAAAUGUCUGCAAAGAAAUGGUGGUUGGCUUCAGUGAUACCAAAGAUAUUUACCUAGGGACUGUUAAGUAUAUAGGAUCUGUGAAAGGUAUGGGUUACUGCUACGGAUUAGAAUUGCAUGACAAAAGAAAGAAUAAUUUUUGUAACGGUUCCUGUGCUGGCAUUCAGUAUUUUGAGUGCCCGCGUGGCUACGGGGUGUUUACUACAAUAGAAAAGAUUGUACCUAAGAACAAUAAUAGAAUUAGUAGUGGCGUUGUCGAUCCAACUGUAUCAUCUCAAAAAACAGAUUUGGAUCUCUGCCUCGAAAAGAAUCUGUACAGUAUGGUGAAUGGUUCGAGCAAUUCCAAACCAAAAUAUGAAGAGAUCAUCACAAAAUAUGGGGAGUAUCCAAAACACUUCACAAUGCCCAGCAAGAGUUGUUCAUAUAUGAGAAACUCUUUAUCUCUUCAAAAUAUGCUGGACAUGGAAAACACAACCGUCAACACUAACAAUGACUUCGACCAAAAUACUGUCAUUCAGCCUGAUCGAACCUACCUCGUUUCGGACCAUAAAAAAGUUAGAAACAAAUCAGAAAUGGAUUUGAUUGAUGUUAUUGGUGGUACAUGGUCUGGAUCGACCGAUAAAGCUGGUUUGGAGUCGUUCUCGAAUUUCAAGAAGAAUCUAGACAAAAAUGAUAAUGUAAAAGAAAAACACACGUUUUUUGAUAACGGUACUAUCAGCAGAAGAAAUAAGAGUAUGAAUCCCAUUUCACACCUCCUCGAUGGGAACAGCAUACCGAAGAAGAGCACUGCUAAAUUUUAUACUCAUGAUUUACCUGAAAGUAACACUCAAAAAAUAACCAAUGUUAAACCUGAGGUAGUCAAAAAAAUUAACGAGAAAAACGAGCAGGCGGCGAGAGCUUCGACUUUCUACGUUACCGAAAAACCAAAGUACCACGAUCCACAGCCUGGAACAACCAACGAUUUAGUGAUUGGUAGUUUAGUGGAAGUUUUGAAUGACAUUAGCGAGACUCCCAUGUACGGUGUAAUAAGGUGGAUGGGAAUCGAAGGCGGCACAAACUUUGUUCUGGUCGGUGUGGAAUUGGAGGAGGAACACAAUAAUUUGCCUCUCACUUUGACUGACGGGACACACAACGGUGUGAGAUUGUUCCGGUGUCUUGAGAAUAGAGCUGUGUUCGUUCCUCUGGAGCAGUGUCAUAAAGAUUCCAGGUUUCAGGAUGGCGUACCGACUCCAAGUGUAGAAGCUUCUGCCCAUGAACAUGUCGAUUGUCCUGUGAUUCCCGGGGCAGUUGCUCCUCUGUGCAUGCCAACAGAAGAAGACGUACGAGCAGUUUGUGGAAAAUAUCGAGGAAUACAAGGUCAUCACAACUCGUGUUAUUUAGAUGUUACCUUAUUUUCGAUGUUUACCUACACAUCAGUAUUUGACAGUUUACUCUUCAGACCAAAGGACUCUAAUGAUAUUGACGACUAUGAUGAGGUCCAAAGAGUUUUGAAAGAAGAAAUAGUUAAUCCCCUGAGAAAAAACUUGUACGUUAGUGCGGACCAUGUUAUGAAACUUCGGCGACUCCUGGACAGGUUAAGUUCUGUCUCAGGUCUCACUAGUGAGGAAAAAGAUCCGGAAGAAUUUCUGAAUUCUCUGCUAGCCCAAAUUCUCAAGGCUGAGCCUUUCCUAAAACUGAAUUCUGGGCAAGAAGCAUUCCAUUAUCAGCUAUUUGUGGAAAAAGAUGCUGAACUAACCUUACCUUCCGUUCAACAACUGUUUGAGCAGAGUUUUCUAACAAGCAACAUAAAAUUGAAGGAAGUUCCGUCAUGUCUUAUCAUUCAAAUGCCCAGGUUCGGUAAAAAUUAUAAAAUGUACCCAAGGAUACUGCCGUCACAGUUAUUGGAUGUUACAGAUAUUAUUGAUGGUUCUCCAAGACAGUGUACCGUUUGUGGAAAACUCGCGAGAUGUGAGUGUAGAGAAUGUUUUGACAGUUGUAAUAACGUUGGAUUAGAGAGUACCGCCUACUGUAUCGAAUGCUUGAGGACUGUUCAUAAACAUGAACAAAGGAGGCACCACAGGCCCACCAAGCUUGAUAUUUCGUCUGAGUAUUAUACUUUGGAAGACGCUUAUAGACCUCCGAGACUCUUUAUGGAACUUUUUGCUGUGAUUUGUAUCGAAACCUCGCAUUACGUGGCAUUUGUCAAGUGUGGUGUUGGUCAUGAAGCUCCUUGGUGUUUCUUCGACUCUAUGGCUGAUAGAUUAGGUGAAAAAAAUGGUUUCAACAUACCCGAAAUGGUGGCAUGUCCAGAUAUUUCCCGCUGGUUGUCUGACGAAAGGAUGUGUAGGCAGUUACACGAAGAAUUUCCAGUAGAUCGACAUUUACCGGAGCAUGCCCGUCGAUUGCUUUGUGAUGCCUAUAUUUGUAUGUAUCAAAGCUCUGAUGUGAUGAUGUAUAGAUAAGAGAAAUACUUAAAUUGUGAUGAUUCGUUAUGAUCGUCAGCCUGGCUUUAUAAAAAUUGAUCGGGUGAGAUUUGGAAGCGAAAGGGAUUUUUUUAAUCACCAUAAUUCUUUUGCGACGACAUAUUUGCUUCUCACCAUCAAAAAACUUAAUUAUAUCAUGUGAAAUCACAUUCAAUAAAUUCAAUUACCAUAAUGGUUGAGGUCAAGAUAAUUAAAAUUUAUUAUGUUUCGUUAUCAUUGUAUGAAUCAAUAGUUUAUGUAAAUAUUCCAUGUUGUGUAGUAAAUCAAUGUAUCAGUCAUGUUUGAUUUGGAAAAUGUCAUUAUCCAGGUGUCUUUUUAUGAUAAAAUAUGCACUUAUUUUUAACCAAACCUUCCAAUAUUUAUCAACUGAAAAUAAACAUUCUUCAAGUCAAAUAACUUUUCUUCAAACAAAAUAAUAACUUCCAUCAACUCCAACCAGUGGCAAUGUAACAGAACCAUUCAGGACUAUUAGAUGUUUGCUGCCGAUAAAAUUGAAGUUAGCUGAAUUUGUUAUUUGUGGAGAACAACCCUUAUAGAACUUUUCUCUAGAACCUGUUAAUUUGGUUUUGGCUCAGUAAGUAUAAAAUGAUGUUGCACAAGUUGAAAUGGAAAAGUAUAAAAGGAACACUUUAUUGUGAAGUUUUUGUGAAAUUUUCACUACACAGUUGAACAACAAUACAAUUUUUUUGGGGGUGCCUAUUCUGUGUAUAGACACGCCCUAUACUGUAUAGAUACGCCUUCAUGUGUAUACUGUGUAUAGACACGCCUUUACUGUGUAUAGGCACGCCUACACUGUUCAGAGACACGCCUAUAAUGUGUAUAGACACUCAUUUUACUGUGAAUAGGCACGCCUAUACUGUGUAUAGUCAUGCCCAUACUGUGCAUAGACACGCCCAUAUCGUGUACAGACACGCCCAUACUUUGUAUAAACACGCACUAUACGGUGUAUAGACACGCACUAUACCGUAUAUAGACAUGCCUUCACAUUGUAUAGAUACGCCCAUACUGUGUAUAAACACGCACUAUAUAGUGUAUAGACACGUCCUAUACUAUAUAUAGACACGUCUGAAAAAGCUAUUGUAUAAAGUGCAUUAUCAAAUAUCGGUCGAAUCCAUCACAUAGGGAAAAUAUGAUACUGUUAUAUUUUACCAUUUUGUCCAUGUAUUAAGAUAUAUUGAACAUCUGAAUGAAAAGUUUACUUUAAAAAAAUACUUUUUCAAGAUGUAGUUUGCAUGCUCUUUGAAGGUUGGUUCAUAGUCAACUACAGUUCUGUAUUGUUAGCAGACAGAUUGAGUCAUUUCCACCAAUAGGGGAAUUACCCACAAGCUUAAUCUGAAAGCUUCUAUACUCUUCAUCAAUAUCUGCGAUCCUUAAGUUCUUCACUAUAUUGUGAAAUUUUCACUACACAGUUGAACAACACUUGUUUUGCUAUAUAAUUUUUUUGGGCGUGUCUAUACUGUGUAUAGACACGCCCUAUGCUGUAUAGACACGCCUUCAUGCCUAUACUGUAUAUAGACACACCUAUAAUGUGUAUAGACACGCCUUUACUAUGUAUAGGCACGCCUACACUGUUCAGAGACACGCCUGUAAUGUAUAUAGACACUCAUUUUACUGUGAAUAGGCAUGCCUUCAAGCGUGUAUGGACACGCCUAUACUGUGUAUAGUCAUGCUUAUACUGUGUACAGUCAUGCCCAUACUGUGUAUAGACACGUCCAUAAUGUGCAUAAACACGCACUAUACGGUGUAUAGACACGUCUAUACGGUGUAUAGACACGUACUAUACUGUGUAGAGACAUGCCUAUAAAGUGUAUAGAUACACCUAUACUGUGUAUAAACACGCACUAUACGGUGUAUAGACACGCCUAUACAGUGUUUAGACACGCACUAUACUGUGUAGAGACAUGCCUAUAAAGUGUAUAGAUACGCCUAUACUGUGUAUAAACUCGCACUAUAUGUUCUAUAGACACGUCCUAUACUAUAUAUAGACACGUCUGAAGAAGCUAUUGUAUAAUGAAACUCGUGUUGAGUUUUUGUAAAACUGUAAUAAAAUCUCACAAUAAAGUGUUUCUUGAAUAUGUUAUGGAAUUUUAUCAAGUAUCGUUUGAAUCCAUCACAUAGGGAAAGUAUGAUACUGUUUUAUUUUACCAUUUUGUCCAUGUAUUAAGAUAUAUUGAACAUCUGAAUGAAAAGUUUACUU